AUGUCUUCAGUCCCCCCAGGAGGUCUGAUCCUCAUCACAGGCGCCAAUGGCUACGUAGCAAGUGUCGCUGUGCAAGUAUUUCUUCAACGCGGCUAUCGUGUCCGUGGCACCGUCCGCUCCAUUACCGCCAAUGCUUGGAUGAAGACAUUCUUCGGAUCCAAUUUCGAGCUCGUGGAGGUUCCCGACAUCUCGAUACCUGGUGCCUUCGACGAGGCACUCCAAGGUGUAGAUGGCGUGGCCCAUAUGGCUAUGAACAUGGACAUGAACCCGCAGAACCAAGGAGUCAUAGACGAUACCAUUAACUCGAACCUGUACCUUCUUGAAUCUGCGGUAAAAGUCCCUAGCGUCAAGAGUGUUGUUAUCACCUCAUCGCUAGCCGCGUGCGCUCUUGCAACGACCGGCGAACCGUACAAGAUCGAUGCAACGACAUGGAACACUGAUGCAAUUGACAAGACAGCUCAGCCAUGGGAUGGCCAAGGGAACCCACGGUGGCAUGGGGUCAUGUUGUAUGGAGCUGCCAAAGCACGUAGCGAACAAGCCGCUUUUGCGUGGGUGCGCAAGCAUAAGUCAUCUUUCUCCUUCAACACAGUUGUUCCCAAUGUGAACUUCGGUAUCGCCAUAUCGCCCGAGAACAUGAGCUACCGCAGCUCAGCCGCCGUCAUCGACGCUGUGGUGAAAGGGUAUCCCGAUGCGCCGUCUAUUCUACCAUCGCAGUGGUACGUCGAUGUCGAGGACACCGCACUGCUGCAUCUAGCUGCGCUGACGCUUGGCGAUGUGAACAACGAGCGACUUCUUGCUUUCGGUGGGAGAUAUAGUUGGACUGUGAUUCUCGAGAUUCUUCAUCGACGGUUUCCGGGAAAGGUUCUUCUAAAGGAUGUUAAAGAGCCAGCAGUGGAUGCAGGAGAGGUUGAUAAUAAGAGAAGUGCUGAUGUUUUGAGGAAGAUGGGGAAACUAGAAGGGUUUACGGGCUUGGAGGACACUCUUGUCAAGGCGGUCAAGACUAUACUUGAAAAUAGGGGGAAGAACGUGCCCAAGACGCCGAUUGAUCUGUACUACGACUCAUUAGCAAAAGCAUAG